AGUGCAAAUAAACGAAGAGCCGUUCUGCUCUCGAAAUUAUCACAAGAUAUUAUUUUUACGUUCGAUCUGACAGACCGAGUUGCCGCCUCUAACUGGCUGCGAGAAGCAUUUUUGUCGAGGAGGUGAGUGUCGUUGGAUUAAAUGUCGAGGAAUAUUGUACGUUUUGAUCGAAGUAUAUCUGUAUCUCUGCGAUGUGAUGCGGCCUAAAGUGCUCGAUAUCAUGCCGAUCAAGAGUGUCUUUCGCUCAGGAAUGAAAAAACUCAAACGCAAAAUGAGUGUGCCUGCGGCUAAAAGAAAUAAAGAAGACGCGAACAAAGAAGCCUACAGUAUAGAUGCCGCAAAAGAGGCGAAAUCCAUCUUGGAGAAGAUCAUGGGCGAUGUGAGCAAGUCAUCGGCGACGAAACAGAUCAUCAUUGGUAGCACAUCAGGAUGGGUGACUGGAUUUAUUACCAUGAAGGUCGGAAAGAUAGCAGCCUGUGCAGUUGGUGGUGGAAUUAUCAUGUUGCAAAUCGCUGCACAUCAAGGUUAUAUUAAAAUUAAUUGGGACAAGAUUACAAGAAAGGCUGAAAAAAUAACGGAUAAGGUGGAAGAAAAGAUAACCGGCGAGGGGCCAAAAUUCAUGGAUAAGGUCGAGAGAUUCGUCGAUAGAAAGCUGGACAAAGCUGAGCAAUUGCUGAAACAAGGAGAGAACCGCACACGACGCUGGUAUCACGCCUUCAUCGGCGACGAUGAUAUCUUCCAACCAAAGGAGAUUCACUUCUUUCUAGUUUCGUUCGCGGCAGGAGUCGCGCUUGGUAUCGCUACUGCUAACUAGGUAGUAAAUUGCUGCACUCUGAAUGCAACCAAGAGAAAGAUUGAUAUUUACGCUGCACCAAAAGACAACUACUCCGUCGUCAUCAUCGAUCACGAUGACGUCGUCGACGAGUACAAUAGAACUAUCAUAAAUGAAGUGAAGAACAAGAUCAAUGAACUGAAGAAAUGGGUGGCGCGGACUACGCUUAAUCCUAGAUAAGUAGAUUUAUUUUUUAGCCAAUGAGUAAAACUCACUUGUGUACGUUAGAAUUGCUUUCAAUUGAUUUUACACAUAACUAUGUUUAAUAUUUUCAUAUCAAAUGAAAAUACAUUACGAAACAUAGAUUGCUUCAUCUGUGAACAAAAUUAAUAAGCAGAGUCCGGAUUUUGGUGCCGUUUUCCCCACUCCAAGUGCAUGCUAGCGGCUGAGCGAAAAGCAGUAUGUCUAUGUCGUCUAUGCCAGUCUAGUGAUAGCAAAGAGGACACCGUCGCGUAGAAAAGGAAAAUAUAAUAAUUUAUUAUAUUAUUUUAUAUUAUUUUAUAUUAUUUUAUAUAAUAUAUAUUAUAUCAUUAUAAUAUAUAUUAUUUUAUAUAUUAUGAUUAUAUAUUAUAAUAUUAAAUAAACAUAUAUUUUAUAUUAAUAUAUAUUUUUUUUUUGACGAUACUUUCGCGGCGCUCAGCCGCUAGCAUGCACUUGGAGUGAGGAAAACGGUACCAAGAUCCGGACUCUAUUAAUAAGUACAAAUAACGUGAAUUUUACUCAUUGUUAUAUCAAUAAUUUCUCUAGAAUUAAUACAUCAAACAAAUGAAAGUCAGUAAUAUUUUUUCUCGUCUCUGAGAUCAUAAAGAGGAUCAACUUAUUUAAAAUUUGAUAGACACUGCAAUUAUUCAUUUUAUUCUAUUUUGUGAUCUUUGCAAAAAUGGAAAUAAUUUUUACAAAAAAAUUUUUAAAUGUUGGUCAAGUUUACUGUUGCCAUUCGCACAGAUAUGUAUGAAUAUAAAAGUAUAGUGUGCGUAUAAAAUACAAUAAGGAGAUUUCUUGUUCGUUCAGAAUGCAGCAAGAAAUUAAUCUUAGGAGAUACAAACCUAUUGUUAGUACAUUA